AUGGGGCUAAAUAGUCUAAAAAUGCAGGUAUUAACUUUUUAUCAAAUUUACCCUUCUUUAAAAAAAAAAAAAAAAAAAAAAAAAAAAUCUAAUUCCAAGUGUGAAUAUAUACAUAGGUGGUGGAGGGAUCAGAAGUUUAUGGAACAAUUAUCUUUUGCAAGAGAUAGGGUGGUGGAAUGCUAUAUUUGGGCAUUGGGAGUAUACUAUGAACCAAAGUACUCUACCAAUAGAAGAAUAUUUGUCAAAAUUAUUUAUUUCAUAACCAUAAUUGAUGAUGUGUAUGAUGCAUAUGGCAUACUUGAUGAACUUCAACUUUUCACCCAAGCGAUUCAAAGGUGGGAUAUCAAGAGCGUUGACAAGCUCCCAAAUUACAUGAAAGGUCUUUAUGAAGCUAUACUUGAAUUUUAUCGAGAGAUUGAACAAGAUAUGUGUAUGGACAACAAUAUUACAUUCGCAUUUGAUUGUGCAAAAGAAGCGAUGAAAAGGCAAUGCAGAGCUUAUUUGGAGGAAGCUAAAUGGUUCAAUGAAGAAUAUGUGCCAACAAUAGAAGAAUACAUGAAAGUUGGUGUAAUUUCUAUUGGCAUCUAUGUUGUGGCUUCAGUUUGCUUCCCAUCUUUGGGAAAUGUUGCUUCAAAAGAGGUUUUCCAGUGGGUUCAAGGUGAACCCAUGCUUCUUAAAGCAACUGGAGUAAUUACCAGACUCAUGAAUGAUAUAUCUUGCCACGAGUUUGAACAAAAGAGAGGUCAUGUGGCUUCUGCAGUUGAGUGCUACAUGAAACAAUAUGGAGUAACGAAAGGAGAGGCCACAGCCGAACUAAAAGGCCAAGUGGUGGAAGCAUGGAAGGAUAUGAUAGAAGAUUACAUGAAAUUGUGUGGAAAGUUUCCGAAUGUGAUCCUUCAAUUCGGGUUGAAUGUUACUCGAGCCACAAACUUUUAUUACAUUGAGCGAGAUGGUUUCACUUUCGUCGAGGGAGAAACUAAACAUCUUAUUACCUUAUUACUCACCGUGCCAAUUUGAUCCUAUCUAUACUAGUUUGUACUUUUAAUGAAAAACGAGUUUUCGCAAAUAUUAUUUUAAUUUUUUAAUAAGCAAAACUUAUUAUGUUCUUUUGUUAUAUGUAUUUUAAUGAAAUCUACCAUGCUUA